AUGUCGGGCCAUGGCGGUAUUCAACCUGCGGCUGAGGCGUCAUCCUCUGCGUCUUCUGCGGUGCCAGCUGCGUCCUCUGCCACUGCCAAUCCCGUUGUGUCGAAGAAGGAGAAGCCAGUUAAGAAUGCGCGCGAUCCUUUGGAAUUGGAUAGCAGCCAGAUCAAAAAGCUGAAGCUCGCAGAGGCAGUAGCUGCACAGGCAGCCGAAGCUGCAGGUAGAACUUCUAAGAAACGAAGUAUGAAGCGCCUGUCUCACAAGUUCUACUGCUGUCGUUUCGUUUCCUGUAGCUGUACCAGAUAUUACUUAUAAUGAUGCAGCUUGUUGUAGUUGUUCUUGCCUUAGAUACUGGCUUAGAGUACAUUGGGCGGAGUGAUAGGUCGGUCUCAUCCCCCUCCCUAGCUCCCUAUAAUUAGGUCUCCGACGCGAGGCGUGUUGCAUCAAAUCUAGGCCCAUCCUUCCAAAGAUCUCGCCUUUUUGAGAGGGUGCAGGUCCCGCGACGCUCAAAGCACACAAAGUAAAUUAGCCGGCUAAUUUCCCUCGAUAGUUCGGAGGUCGUUCGUAACCCUAUAAUAUUCGCAAUGAUGUAGCUUCGUUUAAUUAAAACAGGCCAACGCUAGUUGGUGCGCGCUCUUGUCUUGUUUUAUUUACUGUCGAAGUAGAAAUAAUAUGAAAAAAUCACUUCCAAAAUGAAUCUCUACAGGUUUUUCGGUCAGGUUCCGCAUCUAUGAGACCGAGGACAACGGCGACCGAGCCUUAUGGCGAGUGGGGCGACCAUAUGUGUCAUUCGCUUUUGUCGGCGUUUCCACCCAAGCUACCGAAGACUAUGACGCGCGACGACUUUUUCUGCUGGCGGGGGAGUUAUGCAGAGGGGACAUUGAUCGGCGAGUUUGA